CAUUCAGGGGCGGAGCUCGUCAUCGCGCGCACGCACGCACCAGCGCAAACACCCACUCACGGAGAGUGAGCAUUUGCAUUUCAUGACGCUAUCAGGCCGUGUGGCGGAAGGAAUCUAGCCAACCCCGGGUCCAAAUCGCAUGCACAGGUUCCCUGCCCAGGCUUCUCGACUACCUGGCUCGACCCCAUAGCUUUACGGAACUUUCGCCUGCGUUUGCUUCGAUCGGGUGACGCUGAAGCAUUUGAAGAAGGCCUUCGACGGAGAUUCUUGUGGAGGUUAUAGCAGGGGAGGUUAGUGGUGGGCGAAGGGAAAAGGGCCAGGGCUACGACGCAGGCACCCUGGAGGGAGUAGUGGCGUGGGCGCAGGGUGGUGUAGCAUCGCCAACGCGUUCUUCAGCUCCUUGGAGCGGUACUCGUUUGUAUCGCGGAGUGUCACGGACAGCGGGGAGGAGAGGCGGAAGGUUUGCCAGUUGGAGUGGCGGGAUGGGGCUCGACAAGAGCGAAAGUGAGGGCAGCGUCGUUGGUCCCUUGCACCUUGUGGGCUGUGAGCGGUUUGUGAGGAACAAUCCAAAGACGGAUCGGUUCGGAGUGGAGCGAUUCCAUCACGUCGAGUUUUGGUGCGGAGAUGCAUCGAACACGUGGAGGAGGUUUUCCUGGGGUUUAGGUAUGCACCUCGUAGCAAAGUCGGACCAGACAACUGGAAAUCAAACGUACUGCAGCUAUGCGAUUCAAUCGAAUGAGCUCGUGUUUGCUUUCACUGCCCCGUACUCAUCCACGAUAGAUCAAACGAAUACUAAAAUGCCUCACCCUGGUUACAAAAGUGAUGAGGCCAGAUCUUUUACUGAUUCUCACGGGCUAGCCGUGAGGGCAGUUGGAAUCCUUGUGGACGACGCUGAUGAAGCCUUUCGCAUUAGUGUUGAGCAUGGAGCAGUAUCCGUGUUAGAACCUCAUGUUUUGAGUGAUGAUGCAAAGGGUGGGAAAAUGGUAAUGGCCGAGGUGAAGCUGUAUGGGGAUGUUGUUCUGAGGUAUGUUAGCGAGCAGGGAUAUAAGGGUUCUAUGCUACCCAAUUACGAGGAGGUUGAAUCGCUUCCUCUCUCGUAUGGUCUUGUUAGACUCGACCAUGCCGUCGGGAAUGUACAUAACCUUGCGGAGGCGGUGAACUAUAUUGCUAAGUUCACAGGUUUUCACGAGUUUGCUGAGUUUACAGCCGGCGACGUGGGGACAACAGAGAGUGGUCUAAACAGCAUGGUCGUGGCUAGUAACAAUGAGAUGGUUUUGUUACCUAUCAACGAGCCUACUUUUGGUACUAAACGCAAGUCUCAGAUUCAGACUUAUCUUGAGCACAAUGAAGGUCCAGGGCUUCAGCAUCUUGCUCUGAUAUGUGACAACAUCUUCUCAACUCUAAGAGAGAUGAGGACCCGCACACACAUUGGAGGUUUUGACUUCAUGCCAAAACCUCCGCCUACUUACUACAAGAACUUGGCAAACCGAGUUGGCGAUAUCCUCACUGCAGAGCAGAUUAAGGAAUGUGACGAGCUCGGUAUCCUUGUGGAUAAGGAUGAUCAGGGCGUUUUGUUGCAGAUUUUUACUAAGCCUGUUGGUGACAGGCCAAGUAUAUUUGUCGAGAUCAUUCAGAGGAUUGGGUGCAUGGACAAGGACGAAAGCACGGGUGCGACUGUUCAGAAGGGAGGCUGUGGUGGCUUUGGGAAGGGGAAUUUUUCGGAGCUCUUCAAAUCUAUUGAAGAGUAUGAAAAGACUCUCGACGGCACUUUGAAAGUGCAUUGAAUGGUGGACAUCUCUUUGCUGUUGACAUGUAGGUAUAUAGAUAUUUGGAUCGACAGGAUUCUAUUCGUGAUGUUUAAAGACCUUUUGAGUCUCUUUUCGUAAGAGAGGGGUUUGAUUUUCUGUAUGUGUAUGAAUGUAUAUAAUUAUACACAUGUCUUCCUAUCAGGUACUCAGACCACUUAGGUUGGGUGGAUCUUUCAAUGUAUGAUCUUUCACAUGUUAGAGCAUCCAGGAUAAAACUGUUAACUGGUAUAUUUAAUCUGAGCGCUUGCAAUGACCUUUUAAUUGCUGCCCGGUUCCUUAUUGAACAAUAACGAAGGUUUCUUCGAUA